AUGGCGGAAGAAGCCAAAGCCAAAGGAAACGCGGCCUUCUCCGCAGGUCGUUUCGAAGAAGCUAUUCGUUUCUUCUCCGAAGCAAUCAGUAUCGCCCCGACAAAUCAUGUCCUAUACUCCAACCGUUCUGCGGCUCACGCUUCUCUCCACCAUUAUUCAGAAGCCCUCGCCGAUGCCAAGAAGACGGUUGAGCUUAAGCCCGAUUGGUCAAAGGGUUACAGCCGUCUUGGUGCGGCUCACAUUGGGCUUGGUAGUUUCGAUGAGGCUAUUUCUGCUUACAAGAAAGGUCUCGAGCUUGACCCAAACAACGAAGCUUUGAAAUCGGGUCUCGCUGAUGCACAGUCGGCUGCAUCUCGAUCGCGCGGGCCUCCCCCCUCGUCAUCAUCGCCGUUCGGGAAUAUAUUCGGAGGGCCGGAGUUGUGGGCGAAAUUAGCGGCUGAUCCCACGACCAGGGGUUUUCUCCAGCAGCCUGAUUUCGUGAAGAUGGUUCAGGAUGUUCAGAAAAACCCCAACAAUCUGAAUUUGUACUUGAAGGAUCAGAGGAUGAUGCAAGCUUUGGGGGUUGCACUUAAUAUAAAAAUGCAGACUCAAAAUCCGGAGGAUAUGGAGGUGCCGGAGGCGGAGCCUGAGCCCAAGAGGCACCCAGAGCCUGAAUCGGUGAAGCAGCCUGAACCGAAACAUGAGCCUGAACCAAUGGAACUUACGGAGGAGGAGGAGGCAAAGGAGAGGAAGGCGCAGGCUCUGAAGGAGAAGGAAGCAGGAAAUGCAGCCUACAAGAAGAAAGAUUUUGAGACGGCUAUUCAGCAUUACACCAAGGCAAUGGAAUUAGAUGAUGAAGAUAUUUCUUUCAUCACUAACAGGGCAGCUGUUUACUUGGAAAUGGGGAUGUAUGAAGAAUGUAUCAAGGAUUGUGACAAAGCAGUUGAGAGGGGAAGAGAGCUGCGUUCAGACUUUAAGAUGGUUGCGAGGGCAUUGACAAGGAAGGGAACUGCCUUGGUGAAAAUGGCCAAGUGCUCAAAGGAUUAUGAACCUGCAAUUGAGACUUUCCAGAAAGCUCUUACUGAGCAUCGCAAUCCAGAUACAUUGAAAAAGCUUAAUGAUGCUGAGAAAGCAAAGAAAGACCUAGAGCAGCAAGAGUAUUUUGACCCAAAAUUAGCAGAUGAGGAGCGUGAAAAAGGUAAUGAGUGUUUCAAGGAGCAGAAGUAUCCUGAAGCUGUGAAACAUUACACAGAAGCUUUGAAACGGAACCCCAAUGAUCCAAGGGUGUACAGCAAUAGAGCAGCUUGUUAUACAAAGUUGGGGGCACUGCCUGAGGGGUUGAAGGAUGCAGAAAAGUGCAUUGAGCUUGAUCCAACUUUUUCCAAAGGGUACACAAGGAAAGGUGCAAUCCAAUUUUUUAUGAAAGAAUAUGACAAAGCUUUGGAGACCUACCAGGAAGGGCUGAAACAUGAUGCCAACAACCAAGAGUUGAUGGAUGGUGUCCGUAGAUGUGUAGAGCAGAUCAACAAGACCAAUCGUGGAGAGAUUAGCCCUGAAGAAUUGAAAGAGAGACAGGUUAAGGCAAUGCAGGAUCCAGAAAUCCAGAAUAUCCUUUCUGAUCCAAUAAUGAGACAGGUGUUGAUCGACUUCCAGGAGAACCCGAAGGCUGCACAGGAGCAUCUGAAGAACCCUCAGGUGAUGCACAAGAUACAGAAGCUGGUUAGUUCAGGAAUUGUUCAAAUGAGAUAAAGAAACCUUGAAAGCAAGAACAUGGAAGGUGACAAGAACAAGCAUCAAGCUUUAAUUGAGUGUGGUGUUAUAUUGUGUAUUUCUCCCCAUGUUCAUUUUAGUGGACGUAGUGGUGAUACUGAUCUUUGGAAAUUUUGAAUUGCGGUGGUUCAGUUUCAUUUUGUGGGGAUCUUUGCCAAGUUCAAUUUAAUCAGUGAUUCAGUGUGAUGGUGAUUUUUUUA